AUGGCGUGGACGGCACAAGCGGGACUCGGACCGAGGGCAUUCACACUAUGUUUAAAAGUGUUCGUCGUGCUGAUGUUUUAUAGUCAUGAUCGACGUGGCAUAAUAUGCAAUGCAAUGCCGAAAAUUUAUCUUCCACCAGAACUACUCAACUAUAGUAAUGAACUGAUUAUGCAUUUCUGCCCAGGACGGGCUCGAAAACCAUUCCCCAAUGCAACGAAAAUCAGACUCGGUUUUGUGGCUACAGCGACGCCGCCGUGUGUCAGGAUCGGGACGAUCGAGGAGUGUGCGUGUCCCGGACUGAUCCAGACCCACCGUCAACAUUUUGCGUCUGCAAAAGUGGAGGGAUAUCGUAUUCCAGGGUACGUAUACCCACCCGAGUACAUAAUCAGUUGUGAACCACCGGUGCCCACCUCCACCGGUGCCACCUCCACCGGUGCCACCUCAGACCCAUCGAUGGGAAUAGAGGGAGGCACACAAGAAACUACCUUAGCACAACACACUACAGCUGAAGCCGUUACAUCACAAGCCACUACACCACAACCCGCUACAUCAAAAGCCGCUACAGUGCAAGCCACUACAUCACAAGCCACUACAGUGCAAGCUAUUGUUCUUGGGUGUCUGUUUGCUGUUCUAUUCCUCUUGGUGAUCAUCGGUGCCUUGAUAUUCUACUUUCGAAGACAGGGAAGACUACCGUCCUUCGUGAAGCAAACGUCGAACCCUGCUGGGCUGUCAAGUGUUCCAUUGGAAGCAAGGGAUGCCAGUAGGUCGAAGUUGCCAGAUCCACCGGUACCCGGCGGUAACAUGGAGUAUUCGUACGCAUAUGACCACCGACCAGCGAAGCCUGGUGCAAAGGAAGAUCCAGAUCAAGAUGACCACACCUACUACUCUGUAGGCGAGGGUGGGUACAGACAGGGGAACCCCCGCUAUGUCUUAGACGGGCAGAGGAAGAUACCAGCUACCAAGGAGCUUGACAUAUGUACGGAUGAUGCCAAAGACCAUCCAUACUUUGUGCUCAACAGGGACGAGGAUGGCGACGAGGUUACUGACUCGUCAAAAGGGGUCAAACAUAAUGAAGUCGACGACGACUACACUCCAUUGGUACCUACUGGAGAUCCAAAGUCACGAAGUGAACAACCUGGGAAAGAGGAUGAUGUGUCACCCACUUUGGCAAAAGGAAGCGACGUGUGUAUAUCCAAUGCGGACGACGGUAAUUACUUUCCAUUGGUCCUAGCUGCAGCCCCAAUGUCUCCUCCCGUGAAGCAAUCUGGAUACGAAGAGGAAAAGAUACCCAUUUCAACCUCGCCGACAGAAGUACAAACCAGUAGCUAUGACAAUAACACCUACACCCCAUUGGUCCAAGCUCCAGCUCCAAAUUCCACCGUCAAGCAAUCUGGAUACGAAGAAGCAAAGAUACCCAUGCCAGAAAGUCAUGAUUCAAUCUCGACCUCAGAGCCACAACCCGAUAACGCCUACACUCCAUUGGCCCUAACCGUGGAGCCCAAAUCUCAAAAAGAAUACUCUGGAUACGAGACUGCAAUUAUCUCGAACCCCGGUUUGGCAGCCAUUACUGACGACACGUCCCCCUACGACCACUUCCACAGAGCUCAAAAGAUUGAGCCGAAAGAGGGCACUCGUUUAACCACGGAUGAAGACGACUACCAACAUUUUGGUUAA